AUUUUCUGAGUCAGUCCCUCCCAACUGUAACGAACCCUCUGGUAAAUGUGGGUGUGUGUGAACGCGCAUUGUUGGCGUGAACGUGGACGUUCUUCGAGUCUGCAGUAACUCUGCAAGCAAGACGUCACUAUAAAGCGGUCUUGAACCAGAAUGGCAGGGAGUGUCUUCCUGCUCCUAUUAGCUGGGACCCUGCUCUGUGGGCUACUGUUCCACACAGUGAGCCAUUAUGAAGCUGGGGACAGGACCCGCACCAGGAGACCCAACUUCAUCAUCAUUCUGGCAGAUGAUAUUGGAUGGGGAGACCUAGGUGCCAACCAGCAGGCGGGUCAGAGUACAAGCCAAACGCCUCAUCUGGAUCUGAUGGCCCAGCAAGGAAUGAGGUUGACAGACUUCCACUCCCCAGCCUCCACCUGCUCCCCGUCCCGUGCUGCUCUCCUCACAGGCCGACACGGCCUGCGGAACGGGGUCACACACAACUUCGCUGUGGGGUCCGUGGGGGGGCUACCCCUCUCUGAGACCACCCUGGCCGAGAUACUGCACCAGGGUGGAUACUACACAGCCAUGAUUGGUAAAUGGCAUCUAGGGCACAAUGGUCCAUACAGUCCCACCAACAGAGGUUUUGACUACUACCUGGGGAUCCCAUACAGUAAUGAUAUGGGCUGUACAGACCUGCCUGGUUACGACCUGCCCUCCUGCCCUCCCUGUUACCCUGGACCACAGAUACUACACAACAGAUUGAAGAGGAGUGGUUACAGCAGCUGUUACACCAAAGUGGCUCUGCCUCUGUUUGAGAACAGGACCAUUGUAGAGCAGCCUCUGGACCUGUGGAGGCUAACGCAGCGAUACACAUCCACUGCGCUCAAUGUCAUACACACAGCCAGGGAACGGGGACAACCUUUUCUGCUCUAUGUAGCUCUGGCACACAUGCACGUCCCCCUGUCCCCCCCUUCCUAUGCCCCCCACCCCUCAGAGGGCGGUGUGUAUGCUGACAGUCUGCGGGAGAUGGACGGUCUGGUGGGGGCAAUAAAGAAUGCCUCUGAUGCCUCAGACAAGGAGAACACUCUCAUCUGGUUCACUGGUGAUAAUGGCCCCUGGGAGCAAAAGUGCCAGUAUGCAGGAAGUGUGGGUCCUUUCCUGGGGAAGUGGCAGACCAGCAGAGGUGGGGGUUCUGCCAAGCGGACCACUUGGGAGGGGGGGCACAGGGUGCCCACAGUGUCCUACUGGCCUGGCAGAGUACCAGCCAACAGCACCAGCAAUGCCCUGCUCAGUGGUCUGGAUAUCUUCCCCACCCUCCUCUCCCUAGCUGGAGUGAACCCCCCAUCAGACAGACGCUAUGACGGUAUCGACGCCACAGACGUCCUCCUACACGGCAAAGAAACAGGAAAUGAGUUCCUCUUCCACCCCAACAGUGGCGCUGCAGGGAAGUAUGGGGACCUGCAGACUGUCAGACUGGGGCGCCACAAGGCCUUCUACAUCACGGGUGCGGCUGAGGCGUGUGGGGGGUCUAAAGGGAGGCAGGAGCUCCACGACCCCCCUAUGAUAUUUGACCUGUCUGGGGACAAGGGCGAGGAGACACCCCUGGACCCCACCACGGAGGAGUACAAGGAGGUGGAUGAGAGGGUGAGGAGGUGGAGGGAGGCGCUGCUCUAUGACAUUGCCACUGACCAAUCAGUGUCCAUGGCCGACUACGCCACAGACCAAUCAGCAGCCCCCUGCUGUGACCCCCGGCACACAGCCUGCCGCUGCCUCACCCUGGGCUGAGGACACACACACAUUCAGUGUUAUACAGUUUGACAUUCACAGAAACACCGACUGAUACGCAGACACACACACUUUAGUUUUAGUCCAAUAAUUGUUUGCUCUUGGAGGUAUAUGCGUGCCCCUGGGAAUGUAGAAAUCAGACCUGUAGCCUACAUCUGGGUUACUGUAAACAACCCCAGAGACCAACCAGAAACAUUUGCCAGAGUGAAGAAGAAAAGCAAAUAUUAGAACUAGCAUCAGCCUGUUGUGAGGAGGCCGGACUGUGGGUCAUUCUCCUGGAGGUCAGUACUGGGGAUUGACUGAGACACAUUGCUCACUGCUGCUCUGAGGGGAAACAUGGGAAGACAGCUGCAGUUGCGUAGCAAGGACAAUUUACUGUAUUAUUACCAAUAUUAAGUGUUUUCCUGUACACAGGCUUUUUGUACAGUUAUAUAACAGAGGCUUCUGGGAUGCUCUAGCACUCUCUGGUGGGGAGUAAAGUAGGAUGAAGUUGCCAAUACACUGAUCUAAGACCAGUUUAGUUUGUCCCACGAAUAACUUCCCUUUAACCCAAAAUCAAAACAUCCGAAGAACAAAAAGCACCACCCUUUGGCAAAUCAGUCACAGGAUCAUAUCAAUAGGUGUGCUAUUUACAUACUAUAUGUAUAAAUGUAUAUAUACACAAACAAUAAAAAAUCACUUUCCACCAAAACCACUUAAGAUCUAAUGUAUUGAUGAAUAAUACUAAUUUCAUUUUCCAAAAGAGUAUUUAAUACAAGUCAACAUAGUUUUUUUACAAAGUAAAAAGAUCUGUCAUAUCUGAAAUGUUACAAUAUUCAAUAUUAUGUAGUCAAUGGUGUUAAUAAUGAAAUCAAUGAAAUAAAAGGACCUGUACGAUCCUAUAAUACAGUUCUCUAUUCAGUUUUUCACA